AUGGAUACCGAAAGCGUCGGCGAGAAUCCCUUGUGCGAUGAAAGAAACAUGCUGCUUUCUAGAGCGAAAAGCAGCUCUAAAGGAGCAGUGUUGGCAACUUGUGUUUCCGUGCUGGGAACUCUUAGUUUUGGUUAUUGUAUUGGUUACUCAUCUCCAGCGUCGUACGACUUAAAGUCAGCAUCUAACUUGUCCAUUCGUUUAAGCCGCUCGCAAGAAUCGUGGUUUUCAGUAAGUUACCAAUUUCUUUAUAGACAUUUUACUUUAAAAGAGUAAGCGAAGUCUAAUUUUAUACGGAAAUCGGUGAGUUCUCAUUUCAUGAGUAACCGAUUCUGUUGUAACAGACAGAUAGUACGAAAAAAGGUACGAGUCAAAAAGAGCUUUCACUUGAAAGGUCACGCAGGUUGUAAAAAGGUAAUAGAUUAUAUCGAAGGCGUCCCAAAAUACUGAGGUCUGUGAACGCUAAAUAUCAACAGAAAAAGAAAACAACUUUUCUGUACAGGCUAUGAUUAGCCUCAGGAGAGCCCUUGGAAAUACUACGUUUAAAAGUUUAAAGUACGUUUAAGGCCCGGUUCAAACGUCGAAAUUGACACGUGUCGAACCUAAUACCUAUCAAAAUAGUUUGGGUCGAACUCAAAAGUUCGACUGUUGAUUUUAAAAUCUACUACACAGCCGUUUUUAGUGUCGUCAGCGGAGGAGCGUUGCGUGACGACACUAAAAACGGCUGUGUAGCCGACUAACUGUUGAUAAGAAGGUCCAACUUUACUUGUGCCGAACCUAAUUCGUGGCGAAAAGAAAUAUCGCAGGAUAUCAUCCUUACUGCUUAAAAUAGGGAAAUAAACAGAAAAAAGUAAAAUUCACCAAGCUAAGCCUGGGAAUUUUUUAUUUUUAUGUGAUUUGUGUUCUGUUAUGUUUACGAAUAAGUCUUGCAAGGCACUAUUUUUAUAUAUCAUGUCCAUGUGCGAUGAAAACAUCAUAAAUCUUAGUGCCUCUUAUAUUGAAAAUAUUCUAAAUUGUUAUAAAUCCGAACUCUAAUUAAACUUUCUUACCAUACGAGUAGCGUAGAAGCCGUACAUAGCCAAGCAAUUUUUCCUUUAUGAUCAUAUUCAAUAUAUAGUUGUUGUUCCUUUCUUUCUUACUUAACGUUUAUUUUACUUUGUUUCAUUUGUCAUUGUAUUGACUGUUUUGGUACUGAAAUCUUCAUGUCUAAGAUAAAGUCAAUAAAGUUCUUGUUGUUAUGGCAAGGAGUCAGCAGAUGAGAUUUGGACAAAAUAAAGUAACGCCAUAAAUUUUAAAAUACAUUUCGAUUUCUUCAUGGGUAUAAAGAAAAGCAACUUUUUAGAAGACCAUUUUAAGCGUGUCCAGUUUCAGUCUAAAAAUCUACGACGUGAAUGCUGGUAACCGUCGUAACGCUUCUAUGAGUUCUGUCCGUAUAGGUGCGAAAACCCACUUAAUAGCCAAUCAGAAGCGCCGUUAUGUUAAAAAUUACGUUAACGUAAUUUAUGCAUUAGGUUCGGCACAUGUGAAGUUCGACGUAUGAAUCGAAGUCGAUCUUUUGCCGUUCUAUUCGACAAGCUCAGUCGAAUAGAACGCCAGAGUAGACCCAAAUUGUUGGUUUUCACUUGACGUCACUAAAACUCAAACUACAAAACUAUCGAUCCUACCGAGAUUUACUUUCACGAUGUAUCAGAGCAGGUGAAAACUAAUGUUUAGACAAAUUUUCUUUUCAAAAGGGUUGUUGGUUUUGUGAUAGAGUACGCUUGAAUUUCUAAGGUUUUGCGUGACGUGGCAUUUACAUGAAGGCCAAGAGUAAGAGAGCUGUGUGUACGUUAAAAAAAUGACUUAUUUCAGGGAAUUUUGCUAUCUAAAACAGUUCAUGUAUUAGAAAAAAGUACUACUUUAAUGUUUAAGAGUUCCUCGAAGAAUAAAUUCACGCUUUUGUAGCAAAACUUGGUAAAAAAAUUUUUCUGUUGGUUUCCGUCCGCCAUGUUGGUGCCCGUCCGGAUGGGCACCAGCAUGGCGUCUCCAUACAAAUCUCUAUAAAUCUGGGUAAAACAUUUCUUCGGAUAUCUCGUAUACGAAAUAUUUCUCUGACCUGAAAUUUGGCGAGGGUAUUUGCAUAUUUACCUCCUUUCAUUUCCCCGAUUCUGGACUUUAUCUACUGAACCGUUUUGAUUUGAAUGGCGUGACACUGAAAAGCCAGCGAUACAAAACCAGUCGUUCCUUAUUGAUACAUACGUCGAACUUUACUUGUAUCGAACCUAAUAAUUAGCAGUGCCGGAUCCAGACCUUUACAGGGGGGGGGGGGAUUAAGAAAGUCGGCCUCAAAAAAAUUUUUGUUGGUUCUAAAAAUAAGGGGGGGGGUGGGUCCCCCGGGCCCCUCCCCUAGAUCCGCCUCAGAUUAGGUUCCGCACAUGUAAAGUUCGACGUCUGAACCGGGCCUAAGAAGACUAGCCUGAGCACAGGUAAGGGAGGGGGCGGCUGUAAUAACUCCUAAACAAAAGCAAAUUUCCCCCUUUCCCUCGGUGGGGAGGGGAAAGGUAAAAUUUUAGUACCUCAAUGAUUUUCUGCCGAGUCUCUAAAUUGUCUUUAAAUCUUUGGCCCUCAAUCAUUAAUUUUAAAUGGCGCAGAAUUUAUGUUUGGAUUGUCGAUAAGUUACAAACACUAAAUGCCGCAAAAAUCGCCUGCGCAGUAAGCGUAGGUUUCGUUAAGGUUCGAGGAGACGCGUGCGCGUGCGCGUGCACGAGCGCUCUAUAAAACCUAAAACUAACCAUAGAACUAACCGGCGCCUGCCAGGCAGGCUACAAAAAGCGGGAAAUUGCAUGAAGGUCCUGUACGCUUUUAUUUCCGCUAAUUCCUGAAAUAAUACUUUUCAGUCGUCUCUUGCUGUUGGUGCCCUAUUUGGAUGCAUAAUUGCUGGACCGAUGGUGGACGGUUUGGGUCGUAAAGUCACCAUAAUCGUCGGUGCUAUACCUUUUGAAAUUGGGUGGUUUUUAUUGAUUUGCGCUAAGAACCAUCUCAUGCUGUACUCCGGGAGAAUCAUCACUGGCCUUGGGUGUGGCAUUGAAACAUUGGCGGUUGCGGUGAGUUUGGAUCGCUUAUGAGAUAUCCUAUAGACAGAGUUAACCGACACCUAGGGUACUCAAGCAGUACUCGACCGACAUGCGACCGACAACUGACCGGCAAAAGUGUCUGUCGAGUGGAGACCGAUACUCGGCAGUUUAUCAGCUGAAAGUUUCGGAUGAUAGUUCCUAUCAAUAUCGUUCCCAUUACCCAUAGGUUGUACCGAAGGCCAAACUGAGUAGCCUCCCACGCAGGCGUUCUUUUGCUUCGUCACGGGCAAGAACGUGUGACGAAUCCCUAAUUAGAACGUGUGCUUGGGAGGCUACAAAGUAAGCAACACGGGCAAGGAAUUGAUUGGUUAACUGCGUACUACUCAGGAAUCGUAACAGAUCCAUGAACUGAAUCCCUGGGGAUCACUUUCCGCAGAUCUCCCAAAAUGAAGAUCCUAACUUCCAAUGUUCAUUCUGUUGUAGGUGUACAUCACUGAAAUAGCCCCACCGCAUCUCCGCGGAAGGCUUGGCUCUAUAAACAUUUUGGCAGUCACAUCAGGCCAGUUUCUGGCUUAUAUCGCAGGGUUUCUGUUUUAUUGGGAUUGGCUUUCCAUAAUUGGUUCCUUCCCCCCAGCUCUAGUGUUACUCCUCAUGCUAUGGAUGCCAGAGAGCCCGCGAUGGUUUUUAGAUAAAAACCGAAAAAGUGAUGCUUUGAAGUCGUUACUAUGGUUACGCGGUAGUCAUUUGGAAAUCGAAGAGGAAUGUCGCGAGACGGAGGAGACUCUAGGUAACGCAAUGGGUAAACAUAUAUCCUUAGAAGAUUAAUUAGAGUGUUGGAAAUAAAAUGUUCAAGGACUGCCGGUCCGUACCUUCCUGAAGCAGAUUAAGCUUACUCCACUUGUCAUCGAGUGGGAAGUGACUUUCGUCGUGGGGACCACCAUUUCCUACACAGAGGAGAAGGGGCUUUAUAUUUUCAAUAUUUUUAACAAUUAUUCCUCUAGCCUGAAUGGUCUCUGAGUCAAUAGCCCACGAGGCCCAAGGCCGAAUGUGCUAUUGAAUAUCGAGAAUUAAAAAAUUUUAGCUAGUUAAAGCUACACUUUAAUCCUUUUUUGCCGCCAAAAAGCCCGCGCUUUUCGCUACUAGUGGGCUAUAACAUAUAGCCUAGUAGUAGCUCAACCAAUCAGAACGCAGCAUUGAUAAUAGAAGGAAUGAACAGGACUGAAGUAACUUUGUCGAUCAUGGUAAUUGGUUUCUCCUGACUACAACUUGACCUGAUCGAUUCCGUGUUUAUAUUUCAGAACAACAACGAGACCAACGAAUGUCAUGGAAAGAAUUCAUCACCGCUCCGGUGGUAAAGCCUGUGUUGAUUGGCGUGGGUCUGCUCUCCUUCCAGCAGCUUGACGGAAUAAAUGCGGUGCUGUUUAACGCCGCUGAUAUUUUCUCCAAAGCGGGAAUAAAGGAGCCAAAACUCGCUUCGUUACCUCUGACUGGAGUUCAGCUCAUUGGGAACAUGAUAACUUUGUUAACCUUGGACAAAAUAGGUAGACGCAUCCCAUUGUAUAGCGGAGCAUUAGGGAUGGCGGCAUCUCUUAUUGGAUUAGGAGUUUACUUUGAAUUGUACCAAACUUUUUCUUCCAUUACCUGGCUUUCUAUAUUAUCUUCAGUUUCAUAUUGUUUUUUCUAUUCCAUGUCUUGGGGUCCAGUCCCCUGGAUAGUUAUGGCCGAGAUAAUCCCUCUCAGAGCACGAGGACUGGGAACUGGUAUCUCCACCGUUGCCUGCUGGGUAACGCUGUUCUUAGUCACAGAGACGUAUUCUACACUCGCAGGAGCGCUGAGUAAUCAAGGCGUUAUGUGGUUUUACGCAGGACUAUGCUUCUUUGCGUAUAUCUUUGUCAUUAUUUUCGUCCCUGAGACAAAAAAAAGAUCACUGGAAGAGAUAGAGUCCAUCUUCCGAAAUUAG